UGAGAUUUAGAUAUAUUAAAAAGGAAUAUUCAGCAAUAAAUAAUCGAUAGUUUAUACAAGUAAUUCAAAGGUAUUUAAAUCUUAGUAUAAACAGAUUUUUUUGUUGAUUAUAAUUAAUAGUAACCAAAAUUACUAACUAUGUAUUAUAGGAAUAUUAAAAAAAUAUAUAUAUAUAUAUAUAUAUAUAUAUGUGAAUAUAUUUUUAGCCUUCCAAGCUAAAUUUGUGAAAUUAGACGAUAUUGAGAAAUAUUGCAUAUUAUUGUUAAAAUUCAUUUUAAAUUUUAAUAUUCCUAAAUUCAUUUUAGUAAAAACUAUAAUUAAAUGUCUUCAGAAAAAGGUGAGUAUUAAUAUAUCGUAGACAAGUGUUUUGUUGAAAAUGUGAAGAUGAAUAUAAUAUAGUAUAAUUUCUUAUGGUGUAGAUUAGUUACAUUCAUUUCCUUCCUGAAAUAAUUAUGUAAAAUAAUGUAUAGUUACUGAAAUGUUAGGAGAAAUUUAAGGUGAGAAAAUUAUAUGUUAAUUAUUGUUGCUGAAAUCCUUAUAGUUAUAGUUAUAGUUAUUUUAAGAAAUGAUUUACUACUUCAAAGACACAAUUAUUAUUUUAAGAUAUGUUUAUUUAAUGUUUAGUGGCAUUGAAUUGUAAAUAUUGUGCAAUUUUAAAGGUUAGUUUUAUUUUGUACUCCUAUUUUAAUAGAUUUGAUGUACAAGAAUCUUGAGAACAAAACGAAAAGCUUAAUAGUAAGCUAAAUCGGUGGAACAAUUAAAUGCAUCAAUAAAAAAAAUAAGAAAAAAAGUUUCUCUUCCACCGAAGAUUGACAGCAAAUGAUUUCUUGCAAUUGUUCCAAAGCCGUCAAGAGAUGAUCAAGAUUCGCUUCUUUCCCUUCUACAAAGUUCCAAGGCCUACGAAGUUCCAAAGCUUAAAUUGGAGAUUGUAUUUCAGUGAGACCUGAACUACUCUGAAAGCUUUCCUCAUGUGGCGGUACAAGACAAGACCAAUGUCCUCCUUGAGCCCUUGAAGGUUAGAUCAAUUUCGCCUGGCUCUACUUCAAGGUAAGUUUCAGUGAGCCCAUUCAACCAAAGAUGGUGGGCCUCUAUUGCUCUGUCCCUUGUUCGCUCCAAUCCCUCAUCUUCCAUUUCUUUAUGAACAGAACAAGAUUAUUGUAGAGAAAAGACAUUACCUUUACUAGUCUACAUGAGGCAGAGAGGAGCUCUUCCUCUAAGAGCUCUCCACGAAAUAAAGAAUAAUAUCUACUAUAUUUGAUUAAGAUAUUUGUCGGCAUUAACUCUGUAUUGGGUCUUAUCUUAAGCCCCAAACAGUUACCUAAAUAUUUCAUUACAAUAAUCAGAAAAAGUGUCAGAAACAAAUAAUCAUCUUUCGACAGGUACUUCUAUCCUCUGUUCGUCUAAUCCCUCAGAGAAUCUCGAAGGUGUUUUUUAUCUUUGAAUCAGGUAACUACUGGAACUUAGAGUUAAUAUUCACAUUAAUCAAACAAAAAUGAAGAGAUCAUCCUCAUCAAUAUCAUCUGAUCAGGUAAUAUUUAAUUGGAUCAGGAGACGAAUUUGAGGGAGACCUUUUUUUUCUUCGAUUUUGAUUGGAAAAUAAUCAAAUAUAGGCUAAGACGAUUAAAUUGAAACAACAAACAUUAAAAGUGAUUAUGAGUUGAUUGCCAUACAUGUAACUCUCAUAACCAAUUUCUUUGUUUAAUGGUAUAAUAUGAGCAGUGAAAAGUGUUGAUUGGAUUAGCAAACUCCCGAAUGAUGUAUUGCUGAUGAUAUUAUCGAGACUUUGUACUAGAGAAGCCGUAGAGACGAGUGUUGUGUCAAAACAAUGGGAGCAUGUGUGGAAACAAGUGUCUUAUCUUGUAUUUGACAAGCCAAAGACUACUAAUUCUACAAAGCUGCCUUAUGGGUCCAAUCUAGAUGACACAUUGAUUACUAAGGUAGGUUCCCUUUUAUCAUCAGUUAGUUUUUUUUUCUUUGGCAUUCUCUUACUUACUCUUUGGUGGUUUCUCAAAGGUUAUAAAGAAUCACCAGGGACAUAUAGAGAGCUGUGUCAUCAAUUAUUCCUCAUCCUAAGGCUAAAUGGAAUUCUCAAUACUUGGAUUCAAUCACUCACUAGCGAGAAACACACCAAAGUUCUCACACUCAUCCGCAUUUUGAUUGUUGGGAUCGAACUGGAAAAUUCUUCGAGUUUCAAUCAAACUCAUUCUGUCAUCCAAGCCUCAUGUCACUCUCCCUAAGGUCAUACAAUUUUAGAAGCUAACAUCCCUUUAGAAACUGCUUUAAUCUUAGGACCCUCAAAUUUGAUUUAGUCAACACUACCAAGGUUGAAGUCUUUAAUACGCUACUCUCAUCUUACGCUACUCUCAAAGUGCUUGUACUGUACAUCACAUGCAUCCACGAUAUUGGGGGUCCUUUGAAGAUUGAGAACAACAAAUUGAAACUCUUGCAUGUGUUGUUUAUGCAUAACAUUGGUGGCCUUCAAGUGUCAUCAACUAGUUUUAAAUAUCCUUGUCAUCGAAAAUACCUUUUUUGGGAAGGAUGGUUUUUUCCUAUGUGCCCCUAGACUCCAAUUUAGUAGGAACUUUUCCACACCUCACAUCAGCUACAAUAUAUCCAAGGUAAAUGUAUUGAUUCGAAUAAUGAGCUUGAAUAUAUAUAAAAUGAAUUAUUAAGGUGUUUGAUUUUGAGUUUGACAUUGUUUUGAUCAGGAGGAAAAAAGCAUUGUGCAUGAAGAAUUUGUUUACAACAUGUCUGGUGGGCUUUGUAAAUCGAUUGGACUUAUGGCUGCAUCAAUGUAAGUAAGUAUAAAUUUAAUGAAUCGGAUAAAAGUUGAGAGGUUACGACAAGUCUUAGGUUUAUGGAUUCGUAAAAUGAGGAUACUCGAGAUCACAUUUAAGGUAUGUGAUUGCUUUAAAGUUGAAGAAUUACUAUCCUAAUUUGCGUUAACAAACUACGAUACAUGAAACGUUGCUUGGUAUGUUGUGCAUGAUAACAACAAUGCUACCAAUGAGUCUUGGGAGAAGAAGGUAUGGGAAGAGGAUCAUGACAACAAUGUUGUUGCAUUCCCCAAUGCUAAAUUUCGUGUGAAUACAUUGGAAUGGUCUUGGUUAGGGUAGGAAUGAAUCCACAAAAUCAGGUUCGAUUCCCUUCAAAUAUAGCCUCGUUAUAUUGUUGUCGCUGUUGGGGGACAAAAAUCAGGUUCGAUUUCAACAUUUUCCAAUCAAACAAAAAGGGUGGAGGAACUUCAGUCAAGAGAAAUAAAAGAGGCUAAAUAUGUACAGAAUCAACAAUAUAGUGAGGCUAUAUUUGAUAAUUAAAUAGUAAGUUGUCCUACACUUGUUCAUUUACCUUUAAGAGCAUCUAAAAGUGAAAAUAGAGUAAAAUUAUUCUAAGCCUAGUGUAUUUUUCACUCCAUAAUGGAGUGAUGAACAAACAAAAAAUAGAUUACUUUACUCCAUUUAUGGAGUAAAUUUUAUUAUGAAUGGAGAUAUGAAAUUGGGUUCAAACAUUCUUUAGUCCAUAUUCAUUUCUAUUCCAUUUUAAAUGAAAAAAUAGAGUUGGGAUGGAGGUACCUAAGGUCCCUCUCAGAGAAGUCACUGACUCUCGCUCGAAUUGAUCUCUUCUCGAUCGAUGAUACUUGGGAAACUGAAAUCUCUGAUCGAUCCAUCAAAUCAUCAAAUCUCUGAUCGCACCAUGUGGUCCGCUCCUCCUCCGCCGUUGUCUUUCAACAACGACGAUGGUCUCCUCCUCAUCCUCCAUUCUCCCGCCACUGAAAUGAAGGAGGAAGAGUAAGAAUCGAUUACCGUUGCUUCCAGGCUCAGUUCCGCUCUCCACAGCGUCCUCGGUUCCUCAAUAUCUCUGGGGAUAGUGGCGAAUAUAGAAAUUCCGAUGUUACUUCCGCUGAGGACUUUUCCCGCCAAGCUCAUCCCUCAGUAGAGCUUUUGCUUGGAUACUUGCCACCUAAACGUUCACUCUGGUCAAGUGAAUUAAAACAAAAGAGAUCCCAAUACAAGCACUAUAAGGAUGAGCUUCUCACUAGUCCUGUAAGUGAUCCUUUUCUUUAGGAGUUAUCUGUCAGUUUUGCCUGCUAUGUAUAUUAAAAAUUUUAACAAGUACUAGAUUUGUCCUCUCUCUCUCUUUAUGAACUUUGUUAGGGGUUUCUCUAUCAUCUAGAAAGUUUCUUUACUAAACUAUAUUUUUUUUCUUGAACUGUGUUUUGUACAUCUAAAUGAAAUCACAUGGAGAUUGGUGAGGUCAAACGGAUUUGACAAUUAUGAGUUGAAAAGUUGAAGCCGAUGCAGAAUAACUGACGAGGACCAUCCUUUAAGCCUAGGAAGGCCAGCAUCUGGAAUACAUACUUCCAGGUACUAUAUAUCUUGCAUCCUUCAUUGUUUAAAUCUCUUCAGUACAUCACUUAAGGACAUGAUUAAAGGCUAUGUUAUUCAUUUUGUCCACCAGUUCCAACAUCAGUUCGUUUUACUAAUAUAGGAUACUGAGACAAUCGAACAAAUAGACAAAGAUGUCAAGUGUACAUAUCCAAGACAUACCCUUUUUCUCUGCUGAAUCAUCAUUUGUGCAUUCUAACCAGGUAAACCUUUUUCUGUCUUCUCAUUAGCAAAUUCUCUCACCUAUUGUUGAUUAAUUAAGCUCACUGAUGUCGUCUAGGAAUCUAUGAAGAAUAUAUUGCUUGUGCUUGCCAAGUUAAAUCACGGCUUCAGAUAUGUUCAAGGGAUGAAUGAAUUUUUGGCACCUAUCUUUUAUAUAGUCCUUAACGACCCUGAUGAAGAUAGUUCAGUAAGUUAACUCUUCUUUAUUUUGUUUUUGCUGAUAGAAGAUUAUACAAUUUCAAGAUAACAGUGCUAGUCUGGAAUACGAGUUCAAGUUCGAAAUCUGGUGCGCUUGAAUCAGGAAUACGAGUUCAUGGCUAUGUUUUGGACAAUGGUUCAAAAGGUGUGCAGAAGCUAAAGGGAAGCUUCAAAAUGUGGAGAAAAGAAGAUUACAGUUGCAGAAGAUAGUCAAAGAAAGACGCAAGGGAUGGAGUUACUUUUUUCUGUCAAUGUUCAAUUUUUUUUUCUGUAGAGCAGGCAUAACCUUGACUUUUCCUUCUUUCUUCAACGAGUAGCAUGGCACUGUUUAUGAUGAUCCUGGAAGAUGUUUAUUGUUAGAAUCGGAAUAUGUUUCUCUCAACCAUGGUUAUUCUUUUCUGUUAUAAUUAACUUAUGCUCUGUUCUCCUAAGUUCAUUUCCCUGCAAAUGGGCAUGCAUAGGAUUUGAGCUCUACUGGCUGUAAUUGCUGUGCGAGUAUCUAAGGUGAAUCCUCUUGGUAGUAUAUAAUAAGAAUAUGCAUAUAGUAUGUGUUAGAUAUGAUUGUGCCAUGGCUGAAACUGUAAGAACUCUUUUUGUUAUCAUCUUUCUUUAACAUGUUAGUGUUUGGUUCAUGAGCGAAUUAGAAUUGGAAAGGAACUCCUCGAAGCAGAGCGAAUGGAAGAAGAUAACGAAAUAAAACGGUUUGUUUCUUCUACUUAAUAGUCCCAGGCUAGUUUUUUUUUGUCACUGAUAUUAUUAACAAAACAGAAAUAUUACAACGAAAGGUCCAACAAGACAAACAGAGAAAAUUACAAAGAAUCCCAGAAGAUCCAACAUCAAAAUAAGUCCAUAGGAAGACAGUGCGGUUCCUAAGCUUCCACGCGUGUUACACAGGAGUCACGAGAGGACACGCGUCGAGAAGAUGAACCAUCACUUUGCUUCAGCGACUGGAAAGUUAUCACCGGAUUCCCAUCGGCUUUCCACCGGAAACACAUCGGAGACAGGAAAAGAGGAAAAGAAAAUCUGGCAACAACGAUAGGACAAGAUCAGCGCACAGAGGGCGACCAAACACGACGCACCUCAACACCAGAUAGAGAAUUCUUUACCGGAGUCCAAUCAUCAGGAGAGAGAACUCAAUCACACGAUAAUGGGAAAGUGGCUCAACAACGAGCACCCGUCGUAGAGAAGACUCAAGCCGACGGAUCUACGAAUAGAUAAGAGAUCCAUUUGCAAACGAACGUUCUCCAAGGAUCCGAUUAACCUCGACAUUAAAACCAGGCGUCUUUUAUGAUGAGAAUAAGCUUGAAGAUGCAAAAACCUUAACAAAAGGAGAGGAAGAACAAUCAUCCCAAGAUCGAAGCUCAAAUGAAUGAACAAGAAACUCGAAUUGUAGAUCAUGAUGAAGCCAAACAAUCCGGGAUAACCCGGAGUAAGAGCCAGCAGCCGUGACCGAAAGGACAAGUACGACGCCGGAGUCAGUAGCCGGACGGCAUCACCGAAGAGAAAGGAGAGACCGCCGGAGUCGAGAGCCGGCCACACCGUGCAUGAGGAGCCACCGUGUGCCGGAACAUAAGCACAAAACGAAGGGUUUCAAGGUCGCCGGAAAGAUCUCCGGAGAUCAAAGGGAGAAGAUACUCUCUCUCUCUCUCAAAGAUUUGAGAGAGAUAAGAGAGAGAGAGAGAGAGAGAGCCCCUUCUAAAAAUGUUGAGUCCCAGGCUAGUUAGCUCUACUUUUAUUUGUGUAUUUGUUUAUUCAAGCAAAUACUUUUAUUGGUUUGUGUAUUUCAGUAUAAUCUCUUUCCCUUUUCUUGGUUGACUUUUUUUCUGCUCCAGUCUCCUCUGACUCCCGUCUAGAUCAGAGUGAUUCACCAGUUUCGAUCUUCUUCCAUUUUUGAAUUCUUGUCUCUAAUCAAGAAAAUGGACAAGAUCAGCCACUUGCCUGAAGCUCUACUUCUUCAAAUACUCUCUUUCCUUCCAACCAAAGAUGUUGUAGCCACGAGUGUUCUUGCUAAACGAUGGAAGCAUAUUUGGAAGAUGGUGCCUAAACUGCACUUUGAUUAUCAUCUCAACCAAAGUCAGCACGAGAUGUUUUCAGAGAAUGUUUGUAGGCUUUUGCUUUCUCAUAAAUCUUCUGUCCUAGAGAGUUUGAGCCUCCGUUUUAUUUUAGAUAGCUGCGAUGGUAUGGACAUAGGAAUGUGGAUUGGGAUCGCAUACGCACGUCAUGUCCGCGAGUUAAUACUCGAUGUGGAAACGGAGACAAGGUAUUCCAAUUUCAAAUUUCCCAAGUGUUUCUAUAACUGCCAAACACUGGAGACUUUGAUAAUCAAGACUUGGAUUCUUAUUGAUAUCCCUUCUUCUCAAGUUUGUCUCAAGUCUUUGAAGAAACUGCAUCUUUGCUAUGUAGACUACAAAGACGAUGAAUCGGUUGUUAAUCUCUUAUCUGGUUGUCCUAAUCUCCAAGAGUUGGUAAUCCAUCGGAAUCUCCAAGUGGUGAGAGUUUUCACUAUCGCGGUGCCAUCUUUACAAAGACUCGAAAUCUACGACUGGAGCUACGGACACGAAAUGGUUGGGAGCUAUGUGGUCAAUACUCCUUCUUUGAAGUACUUGAAGAUUAAAGGGUUUCCUCGUCUUCGGUUUAGUAUGGUUGAGAUCGCACCAGAGUUAGUAGAGGCAAAUGUUAUUGAUCUCUCUGAGGUAAUCGACAAAAAGCUUAUGCAGUCUCUUGCUUCCGUCAAACGUCUUUCUUUAUCUUUAUCUCCAUCAGAGAUGAUUACAUUUCCGAAUACCGAUCUUUACUUAUCUCCAUCAGAGUUGAUUGCGUUUCCUAGUACUGGUACUAUCUUCCAUCAGUUAGUACAUUUGGAGCUGAGUACAGAUAAAGCAUAUUGGUGGAAUCUGCUUACGCGCAUGAUCAAUACGUCUCCUAGAUUGCAAGUCCUAAAGCUUAUCGGUGAAUGGUAUUAUGGAAAAGUUGGUGUAAGUUGUAAAGAAUGGAAUCAACCUAAGAACGUUCCUGAAUGUUUGGAGACAUUUGUGUGGAACACCUACAAAGAGCAACAAGAAGAAGAGAAAGAAGUUGCCAAAUACAUCCUACGAAACGCAAAUCGAUUGAAGAAAGCAAGUAUCUCCAUAAAAGGGUUUAACUCAGACGAGAGACUACAGUUGCUUAAGGAGUUGGAAAAUGUGGUCAAGGCUUCAAAUUCACCAUGCGAGCUGCUAAUGUGUUAACAAGAACAUUUCUUGUUUCGGAAGAUCCUGCGGCUGCGAAACCCUCAGUGCCAGUUGUGGAGGAGAAGAAGGCAAGACUGUACAAAUGAGAGAAUGCUUAAAGUCGCUUAAGCAAGCCCCCAGUUUCUUACAAAUCAUGGUUCUUAGGAUAAAACAAGACAGGGCUGGUUCACUGAGAGGAGGCAUAGAGUUCAUGGAGCUAUGUGGGUUUGAGAAAAUGGAAGGAGGAUAUGUUCUUUUUCUUACCAAGGGACAAUGUAGAUUCAGUCAUUGUCAACUCAGCUGGAACAGAGCUCAAUUCCGCCAUCAACAGCCCUUUCUUUGGAGUUCUUUAAAUCGCUCCAUUGUCUUCUUCUUUCUAUUUUUGUUAUUGUGUCAAACUAUAAAACUUUUAAUAUAGUAAGACACUCACUAUGAUCUAUGAAUAGUUUACUGGCAAAUGGCAUUUUUAUGUGUUGUAUAAAUUAAUGAAUGUACAAAAAUUUGGAGAACAAAACGAAAUGACUUCAGAAAACUACUCCGGUUUGAAACGGUUCAUGAAUACCGAGCUAUAUCGGUAUAAUGUGUCUAAAAGCAUUAAUAAACUUGUGUUGGUUAACCUCUUUUAGAUGUCUUAAAUAAAAUCUUAACAACAUAUUUUCUAUUUUUUCUUAGUAUCAUAUAUACAUAAUAUAAAUUAUCACACAAUAUUUUAAAACUAAUUCAUCUCCACUAAUAAUUGUUAGAGAUAAUUUUAUGAAGUUAAUUGUAUAGUAAUAUUUAUUAAUAUUAUCACCAACAUUUUUACUAUAAUUAAUUAAAAUGAAUUGUUAAUAUAAAAUUUCAUAUUUAAAAAUAAUGUUUUACUUAUAUUUUACAUAAUUUUACUUAUAUUGUUAUAUAAUUCUAUUAAAGUUCAUAUGUAAACAUAAUUAUUUUUAGAUAACUUUUAUUAAAUAAUAUUCAUAAAACAUUAGUAUUGUUACAUAACUUUUAUUAGUAUAUAUGUUAUGCAUUUUCAUAAUAUAUACUAUAUAUGUACUAUGUUAUGGCUUGUGUGUACAUAUUUCACACCAAUCAUCUCUUGGCUCAGCUAGGAAGAAGAUUGGAGCACCAAAGUUGAUGUGUUUUUGUUGCUCUUUUCAUGGUCAUCUCCAAAGUUUCAUCUGUAAGUCAGACACGCAGCAAUGAACUAGUUGAGAUCAAGUAUUCCCAUCUUUCUUUUAGGAUCGUCACCAUUAUAAUUGCUAAUGGGUUCUAGAAACAUAUGGAUAUGAAAAAAUAGAAUUAAUCAAAUUAUCAAACAAAG